CCUGCUCGUCCAUGCCCCUACAUAACUCGCCACCGACACCGCGGUGGCCGUCCACUCGACAGUAGCUAGCUAACGGUCUAUAGGCGAGAUGAGCUGGUUGCCGGCGACGAGGGCGCUCUCCUGCGUCGUCCUUCUCCUCCUCCUUGUCGUCGCCGUCGCGCCUCCGGCGUCCGCGGCGGCGAUCACCAGGGGCGACUUCCCCACGGGGUUCGUCUUCGGCACCGGCUCCUCCGCUUACCAGAUUGAAGGUGCAGUUGCAGAGGACGGAAGAAAACCCAGCAUCUGGGACACAUUCACACACUCAGGCUACUCGCCCGGCGGAGCCACUGCUGAUGUGACUGCAGAUCAAUAUCAUAAGUACAAGGAAGAUGUAAAGCUUUUGAGUGAGAUGGGCGUUGAUGCAUACCGAUUUUCCAUUGCCUGGCCUCGGCUCAUUCCUGAUGGCCGAGGAGCUGUCAAUGCAAAGGGACUGGAGUACUACAACAACCUUAUCAAUGAACUCCUACGUCAUGGAAUUCAGCCUCACGUAACAGUAUAUCAUUUCGACUUACCUCAGGCUCUUCAAGACGAAUACAACGGGAUGCUUAGUCGUAAAUUCAUAGAUGACUACACGGUGUAUGCAGAUGUGUGCUUCAAGAAUUUUGGUGACAGGGUGAAAUAUUGGAGCACUCUGAAUGAGCCAAACAUUGAGCCAAUUGGCGGAUACGACCAAGGAUUCUUUCCACCACAGCGAUGCUCAUUGCCCUUCGGCAUCAGUUGCAACAAUGGCAACUCUACCACAGAGCCCUAUAUAGUAACUCACCAUCUUCUGCUUGCACAUGCUUCGGCAGUGUCCCUGUAUAAAGAGAAGUACCAGGACAAGCAAGGUGGAAAAAUUGGACUCACAUUGCUCGGUUCGUGGAACAAGCCCGCGACACAAACACCUGAGGAUAUAGCAGCAGCUGCAAGGAUGAAUGACUUCCACAUUGGGUGGUAUAUGCAUCCUUUGGUGCAUGGAGAUUAUCCCCCAGUGAUGAGGAAGAAUGUUGGGUCCAGGCUACCAUCUUUCACUGCUGAAGAGCUGAAGAGAGUGCUUGGGUCUUUUGAUUUUGUCGGAUUUAACCACUACGCCGCCUCAUAUGUGAAGGCUGAUCUUAGCAAGCUGGAUCAGAAGCUGAGAGAUUACAUGGGUGAUGCAGCAGUGAGAUUUGAAAGCGUGCCAUUUUUUGACUUAAAGAACCAGUCGUCACCGUGGGUUCUGAGGGAAAUGCUGGAGCAUCUCCAGGUCAAAUACAAGAACCCUGUGGUCAUGAUCCACGAGAACGGAGCUGCCAGCGUGGCUGAUCCCUCUGGUGAUAAGGCCCUCGACGACGAGUUCAGGUCGCGGUACCUGCAGGAUUACAUCGAGGCGACCCUCCAAUCCAGCAGGAACGGGUCGAACGUGCAGGGCUACUUCGUGUGGUCAUUCGUGGACAUGUUCGAAUUCCUCUUUGGCUACCGCAUGGGCUUCGGCCUCUAUGGCGUCGACUUCAACUCCGAGGAGAGGACGAGGUACCGGAGGCACUCCGCCAAGUGGUAUGCCGGCUUCCUCCGUGGCGGCGAGCUCAGGCCGGUGGCUGUCCCCGGCCAGGCGUAUUCCCAGUGAUCUUGGCACGCAUUUUCAGGCUUCUGUAGCCCACGAAUAGGAGGAUGGAUGACGAAUAAGCCUGGGAGGAUGAUUGGUUCUUGUUUUUGGAUGGGAGUUCAAUUUUGCUUGGGCAGUAGGAUUUAUACAUCUGCUUCUUUGGAGUCGAUUGUUCCUUAUACAUUAUAAAUGUUCAUCCUGAUGUAUGUGCUGAAAAUAUUAAUAUAUUUCGAUAUGUAUA